GGGCGGAGUGCGGAGGGCUGUUUUCCUUUUCCCCGCCCCCUUCCCGAAACCCCGCCUCCCCCGAGAGGCCGCGGCUGCCUAUUGCGCCACGGCCAGAAGGACCGCCAGGCUAGCCAAUCCAAACGCGACGCUUCAGGCACGGCCCGCCCCCCGCUGGUCCUCAGGUUCCUUCCCGCUCACACCGGAGUCACUUCCGAAGAGAGAGAACCGCCAUGAAGAUAGAAGGGGGUGCCGCCCACCUCUGCUCCGACAGCCUCGCCGAAUCCCAGCAGCAAGACGGCAACCACGCACCCAACUUCGCCGGCCACAGCUCAUGCCGCCGUCGCCAGCGGCGCCGACAUGACAAGGCGCUACAUGUCCGCUAGGCCAGGUUUCCCCUCAUCCCCAGCCCCGGGGUCGUCGCCCCCGCGCUGCCAUCUGCGACCCGGUAGUACCGCUCCUGCUGCAGCGGGAAAGAGAACAGAGAGCCCGGGGGACAGGAAGCAGUCAAUUUUAGAUUUCUUCAGACCAGCUUCAAAACAAGACAGACACAUGUUGGAUUCUCCACAAAAAUCAAACAUCAAAUAUGGAGGAAGUGGCUUGUCCAUCCCUGGGACAGAACAGUUUGAAAGAAAACAUUCAUCACCAAAAAAAUCUAAACCCAAAAGGGUGUCAUCAGAAAAAAGCCCUAUUUUAGAGACUUUCAUGAAAGGUGACAAAGAACACCAUAAAGAUCAUGGUGUACAUGAGUCACGUCGGCCUUGUGUGUCACUAGCCACGAAAUACCCAAAGGCAGUUACAAAAGUCUAUGUUUCUUCAUACCACUCGCCAAAAGACAUGAAAGCAUUCAAGAAAAAACAUCGAUCUCCAGAGAGAAGAAAGUCUCUGUUUAUUCACGAAAAGAGCAGAGAGAAGGACCGAGAGCGAAGCAAGACCAGUUCAGACUCCACAAAGCACACCACAGGCACUGAUAUCUUCAAGACCUCCAGAAGUCUGAGCAGCAGGGGCAGCCUAUCCAGGCACCACCCAGGAGAAAGCCCCCUGGGAGCUAAGUUCCAGCUGUCACUAGCAUCCUACUGCAGAGAAAGAGAACUAAAGAAGUUGAGAAAGGAGCAAAUGGAGCAGAGAAUCAACUCAGAAAAUUCUUUUUCAGAAGCAAGUAAUCUUUCCUUAAAAUCCUCUAGCGUCGGAAGAAAAUGUAAACCAGUGCAGGAGCAGAGUAAACAGAAUGAUGUCAUCCCUGGAAAAAGUAAUCUUUCAAAUCUGGAAAAUGGACAUUUCUCAAGAAAAAGAUCCUCAUCUGAUUCAUGGGAACCUUCAGCAGGCUCUAAGAAUAAAUUUCCUGACAAAAGAAAAAGGAACUCUGUGGACUCAGACCUGAAAAGUACAAGAGAAUCUGUAGUGCCCAAAGCAAAAGAGUCCUUCCUUGAGAAGCGUCCUGAAGGGCCACAUCAGAAAGAGAAAUUUAUAAGACACAUUGCACUAAAGACCCCUGGCGAUGUACUGCGCUUAGAAGAUAUAUCCAAGGAGCCAAGUGAAGAAGCUGAUUGCUCCUCUGAAGUUGUGUCAUCUACAAAUUCUGGCCACCAUUCUUCAAGGAAUAGUGACCACGUCCAUGUGGAAAGUACCAAAGAGACUAAGAUACAGAAACCCCACUUAGCUUUACCUCAGGAAAAAUCUGCAGUUAAAAAAGCUAGCAGCUUUCAGAAAAAUAAAACUGCUAGCUCCUCUGUGACAUCAAAGGACACAAAACUUCUACCUUUACUUUCCCCCGUUCCAAGUGCCGGUUCCCCUCGGGUACCACUGAGUGUUAAAAGCUGCACCCUGCCAGUUCCUAGGAAAGAGAAAGAGCGUUCCUCAUCAAAAGAACAUACCGGGCAUUCUUCAGAGUCAUCCAGACACAAGGAGCACAAAACAAAGACUCAUAAGGCUGAUUCUGGCGCAUCUUCAGGGAAAAGUUCUGGAGAAUCUUUGCAUUCAGAGUAUGGCACUUCUACAAAGUCUCCUUCUCCAGCUAUGGAAGUUGUGCCAUGUACCCCAUCACACCCUCCAGCCUCAUCGGAUAAAGCCCCUUCAGAUAGAGAGAGUUCAGGAAAUUCCAAUGCAGGUAGCAGUGCACUGAAAAGGAAGCUAAGGGGUGCUUUUGAUAGUGAUGAAGAAAGUUUAGGUUACAACCUAGACAGUGACGAAGAGGAGGAAACAUUAAAAUCACUGGAUGAAAUAAUGGCUUUGAACUUCAGUCAAACUCUUGCAACCACAGGAAAGCCUCAUACUCUUUCGAAAGGGCAUAAGUCUCAACUAUCAGACUACACAGAAAGUACUCACAGCGGAACUUACACUAAUUCCUUAGAUCGUCUAGUGAAGGAAAUGGAAGACACACAAAGGUUAGAUGAACUGCAAAAGCAACUACAGGAAGACAUUAGGCAGGGCCGAGGCAUCAAAUCUCCACUCAGAAUUGGAGAUCAAGACAGUACAGAUGAUGAGGAUGGCCUUUUAGAAGAGCACAGGGAAUUUCUAAAGAAAUUUUCAGUUACAAUUGAUGCUAUUCCUGAUCAUCAUCCAGGUGAAGAAAUAUUUAAUUUUCUCAAUUCUGGAAAAAUUUUCAACCAGUAUACCUUGGAUUUAAGAGAUUCUGGUUUUAUUGGACAAAGUGCUGUAGAAAAGCUUAUUCUUAAGUCAGGAAAAACAGAUCAGAUUUUUUUGACAACACAAGGCUUUCUUACCUCUGCUUAUCAUUAUGUCCAGUGUCCUAUUCCUGUAUUAAAGUGGCUGUUUCGGAUGAUGUCAGUUCACACAGAUUGUAUUGUGUCUGUGCAGAUUUUAAGUACAUUGAUGGAAAUUACAAUUAGAAAUGAUAACUUCAGUGAUUCACCAGUGUGGCCCUGGAUCCCAUCAUUGGCUGACAUAGCGGCUGUGUUUUUCAAUAUGGGAAUUGAUUUUAAGUCUUUGUUUCCUCUGGAGAAUCUUCAGCCAGACUUUAAUGAAGACAAUCUAGUUUCUGAAAUGCAGAUGACACUUGGGGAAAAAGAAAUUGAUGAUUCAUCUUAUAAACCAGUUUUUUCAAGUCUUCCUGAAACCAAUAUUUUAAAUGUGGUUAAGUUUCUAGGCUUGUGUACAUCUAUACAUCCGGAAGGUUACCAGGACCAUGAAAUAAUGCUGCUGAUUUUAAUGGUCUUUAAAAUGAGUUUGGAGAAACAGCUGAAACAGAUUCCUCUAGUGGAUUUUCAGAGCCUUCUUAUAAAUUUGAUGAAAAACAUCAGAGAUUGGAAUACAAAGGUACCUGAGCUCUGUCUUGCUAUAAAUGAACUCUCUAGUCAUCCCCACAAUCUUCUGUGGUUGGUACAGCUGGUCCCUAACUGGACAUCCCGUGGAAGGCAACUGAGACAGUGCCUCAGUCUAGUGAUUAUUUCAAAGCUUUUGGAUGAGAAACAUGAAGAAAUCCCCAAUGCCAAUAAUCUUCAGAUAUCAGUCCUACAUCACUACCUUGUGCAAAUGAAGCCUUCCGAUUUGCUAAAGAAAAUGGUCUUGAAGAAAAGAACUGAACAACCAAAUGGCACCAUCGAUGACAGUCUUCAUAUGGAACUAGAAAAACAGGCAUAUUACCUGACCUAUGUUCUUCUUCAUUUAGUUGGUGAAGUCAGUUGCUCUCAUUCUUUUUCUUCUGGACAACGGAAACAUUUCGUGCUGCUCUGUGGGGCUUUGGAAAAGCAUGUUAAGUGUGAUAUCAGGGAAGAUGCGAGGCUCUUCUACAGAACUAAGGUUAAGGACUUGGUUGCUCGGAUUCAUGGAAAAUGGCAGGAAAUCAUCCAGAAUUGUCGACCUACUCAGGGGCAGCUUCAUGACUUCUGGGUACCAGAUUCUUAACAAGAGUUGCAGCCACAAAAAUAUGAACCAAGAGAAAUUUGAUAAAAACCUUCCCAAGGAUUACUACAGAAUCCAAUGGAAUGCUAAGAAAAUGUGCGGGAAAUGUGCCGUUUGAAAUAUCUAGUAUGAAGCUGGUAAUGAAGAAAUUGCUGUUUCUGAAGAAUAUAUGAAACACAAUCUACUUAAGUAAACUGGCCUUUCAAAAGAGAAUUCUUAAUACAAGAAGGGAAGGGUAUAUGCAACUAAUAGUUGCACGUCUAACAACCCCAACCAGUUCAUUUCAAGCUAAUUAUAUUUUUAGUUUUGGACGGUAUUUGUGGCACUUGGAUAAUCACACAAAAUAUGUUAGAAAGGAUUUGGACCAACUUUAGGACUUGGACAUGGAAACUAAGACCAGGUUCCAAUAGGGUUUAAUUUUCCCUCUUGGCUCUUUUAGGACACAAAGGGAAAGCUUUAGUAGCAGAAAGGACAAAUCUCUUUUAAAACUCCUAUAAACCAUAGGGGAGGUUUCAGUCUGUGCACUUUCCAUCAUUCAAGAUUUUAAUGUUAAGUUUUUAAAAUACUCUUAAACAGGAGCUGGAAAUAUAGCACAACCGUUAAGGUGCUUGCCUUGCACCUGAGUAGACCUGAGUUUCAUCCCCUGCACCACAUAUGGUCCCGGAGCCCCACCAAGAGUGAGUCCUGAACACAGCUGGGUGUGGCCCAAAAGACAAAGACAAAGAGAAAACAUAUAUAUAUUUAAGUAGUUGAGAAACAGACGUUUGGUAUUCUGUCCGCUCUCCUGAAGGGGAAAGAUGGUGCCAUGAAAUAGUGGCUUUGUUUUUGUGCCAAAACAUCCUAGUGCAGUUUGUUUUAGAUUUCAAGUGCAUACUCAUUUAAAAAGCUGGUUAAAUCAUAGGUUCUUGACUAAAUUCUAGCCCUUGUUAGCCAUAUUAUCAAAAUAAAUCUUAAAGAUCUGAGCAAGUCCAAAAACUUCCUUUCCUGAGUCAGUAACCCUGAUAGAG